AUGUCGAACACUACCCGCGAUCAGCUCCAGAGCAGUGUCGAGGUCGACGAUCCUGUGGCUUCAACGCAUUCACGAUCCUCAUCAGAGCGACAUCAUGGACAAUUCCGAGGUCUAAAGACCUUCCGGGCACGGCUCUACAAUCGUUUCCAGCGCACACACAAAUCGAUCCCGUAUGUGAGGGCUCUACCGUUACCAGCAAUCCUGAUCAUCUCACUCCUCGUCGUCAUCAACUUGGCGGUCUGGGCGAUAUGUGGCCUCGUUCUAGCGAGCCGCUACACUCACCUGCUCUCCACUGGUGCUCUAGCAUACUCGCUCGGCCUGAGACAUGCAUUGGACGCGGAUCAUAUCUCCGCUAUCGACCUAAUGACUCGACGAUUGAUCGCUACAGGUCAAAGACCCGUGACUGUCGGCACCUUCUUCAGUCUGGGACAUAGCACAAUCGUCGUGCUGACAAGUGUGGUCGUUGCUGCAACUGCCGCGGGGGUGAGCAAGCGUUUCGACAAGUUCAGUAACGUUGGUGGCAUUAUCGGCACGAGCGUAUCUGCAGCCUUUCUCAUCGCCUUGGGACUGAUGAAUGCAUAUAUCCUGUACAAGCUGAUCGUACAGUUGAGGAAAGUAAUUCGCAUGCAACCUGAGCAGGAGGCAAGCGAGGCAUGGAAGGUAGAAGGUGGUGGUGUAUUGUUCAGAGUCUUGAAGAGAAUGUUCAAGUUGAUUGAUCGACCUUGGAAAAUGUAUCCGCUUGGCGUGCUCUUCGGUCUCGGGUUUGAUACGAGUUCCGAGGUAGCUUUACUCGGUAUCUCGAGUAUUCAAGGUGCCAAAGGUACAAGUAUGUGGUUGAUCCUCAUCUUUCCUGUGUUGUUCACCGUUGGCAUGUGUCUGAUUGACACCAUCGACGGGGCUCUCAUGUCGAGUUUGUACCUAGCACCUAUGGGUGCUACUGAUAUGAAGAAGACCGAUAAUGAGAACGAUGUCGAGAUUCGAGAAACCGAGUUCUCUGACGAGGAGAACCGCUCCACGCCGCAGCGAAACUCAGCAAAUCUGCGGGUGCGAUCGCCUUUGACAUUUCUAUACUACUCGAUUGUGCUCACAGCAUUGACAGUCGUCGUUGCUAUCGUUAUUGGAAGGAAACGGCUGAACAUAGUCGAUUUUGGCAAGGCGUCGACACAGCUGGAGAGUAUUACGACGUGA